GAACUAUUGUUUAAAUCGGUGUUCUUGAUAACUUCAGUUACAUGUAGUUAGUAACAGAUGCAGGAGUUAUUUAGCAUAGCCAUGAAGUUUAACAGAUUCGGAAGAACAUUUUUAUUACUUAUUGGAAUCACGUUUCUAAUUAAUUUGUUUAUUUAUGAAUUUUCUUCGUCAGCAGGAAACAAUGUUAUUCUUCAAACGAUUAAUUUAUUUCGGUCUAAACCAACAGAUUAUAUACAGCUAGAAUUGUCAGAAAGAAGGAAUAAUAUGAGUAAUUUCUGUCAUCGACAAGUUUCUCAAAACACCACGAAGAGCACACUGAAAAAAAUGAAAAGGAAUUUAAUGUAUUCCCCAGAGAAGAAGUUUUUAUAUUGUCCAGUGGCAAAAGUAGGAUCCACAUUUUGGCUACGUUUGUUCUUAAUUUUGAAUGGCGUCUCUAAAACAAAUAACCCAUUUAAUGUUUCAGAAAAUAUUUACAGUAAAAAUUACACCGCAAUAAAAGAAGAAACAACGGUAAUACGAAAUUCCUUAAAGUUUAUUAUGGUCCGUGAGCCAUAUUCUCGUCUUUUGUCCGCUUACGCCAAUAAACUGUUUGACAUAAAUCCAAUAUAUUGGUCAGGGUACGGACGAAGGGUUAUCAAAGUUGUACGGAAAAUCCCGAGUAAUAAAAGUUUAUCUUGUGGGCAUGAUGUCACAUUUCCAGAGUUAGUUCGUUACGUCGUAAAACCAAGCGCCGUGAAGGACAGUCAUUUUAUUCCUAUUUCAAACGUGUGUAGUCCUUGCGCCGUAAAAUAUGACAUCAUAGGUAAAAUGGAAACAUUUAAACGGGACACUUUGCAUGUUCUGGGCAGACUAAACUUGACCCAGUUAGUAAUGUCUGGGGUAUUACAAGCAAUGAAAGAAAGUGUGGAGAUUGAUGCUAUCAAAAGCAGUACGAACAAUUUGAUGAAUUAUCUCUCGAAAGAAGGAACACUGAAAUGUGUAACUCAUGAAGAGGCGUUUAAAAGAAAAUGGCGGAAUUUGCAACUUAGGGGAAUCAUAGGAAGUGACGUCAAAUACCCUUUUAAGAAAGGUGAAGAGGAGACAAUAACUCGCAGUCAAAUAUUAGCAGUGUUUCAAAAUGCUUCAAGACGUUCCGGAAGUCGAGAAUCGCGUCGCAAAAACCGCGAACUGUCCUUAUUCGAAGCUUACAGCAAAGUUGAAAAGAAGUAUUUAAUCCAGUUGAGCAAAUACUUUAAAAAUGAUUGUUCAGCUUUUAGUUAUGAAUGCAGACCAAGCAAAAUUUUUCAGAAUAACCAAAAUCCGCACACCAAUUUUUUUGAAAUAGAAGGGUUAUAAUUUUGAUAUAGAAGGGUUACAGCUUUGAUACAUAAGGCUAAUAGUGUUUUCUUCAUGUACACCAAUAACUAUAUAUACUCUUGAAAACAAGUAGUGGAUAUUGAAAUGAAAAUACCUAUGCAGGUUGUGAUAUGAUAUAAAUAGUCAUGG